AUGAGCCAAAGCUCCAAACACGCGACGGCCAACGACCUUCGCCGCACGGACGAAACGGUUGUAACUGCGGGCACUUUCGAUUCGGCUAGCGAGGCAGAACAAAACCAUCACGUUUCGAGCAAUGAAGGCAACUAUGACAGCGACAGCAGUUAUGCUGCUGAAAAAUACCGGCUGACGACUAACCCCGAAAGGCGUCCCAAGAAGCCAUUGACCCAAAACUCCGAGCAUGCUGCGUUCAUGUCUUGGGUCGCGGAUGAAGCCUAUCAAGAUGAUACAGCAACACCAGCAAAAGAGGAUGAUACUGUUGAGGGUUCCACUACAAUCGUAGAGUCUGGUCCAUCACAUCAAAGGAUUGUUACAACGCCUCGUCAAUACCAAAUAGACCUAUUCGAACGUGCAAAAGAGCAAAACACCAUCAUCGUGCUCGAUACAGGAUCUGGAAAGACCUAUAUUGCUGUUCUUCUGCUUCGGCACGUGCUUGCUCUCGAACUUGAAAACCAACAGCAGACCAAACGAACCGCCUUCUUUUUAGUGGACAAGGUGGCACUUUGUUUGCAGCAGCAUCGAUUUGUUCAGGCGAAUCUGGAAUACCCCGUGGGCAAAUUGUACGGGGAUAAAGCAAGCAUGAGAGAAUGGGCAUCCGAAAUACAAGAAAACAUGGUCAUUGUUUGUACCGCACAAAUACUUCUGGAUCUCCUUAGCAGCGGCCUUGUAACAAUGAAUCAAAUCAACUUGCUGGUUUUUGACGAGGCACACCACACCAAAAAAAACCACCCAUAUGCCAGUAUCAUGCGAGAUCACUACAUCCGGAUGAAGGCACAUCAUCCUCGGAUUUUGGCCAUGACGGCGUCCCCUGUCGAUUCAAAGACCCGCGAUUUCUAUGCUGCUGCUCUUGAUCUAGAAGCCACGCUUUGCAGCAAGAUUGCUACUGUGUCUGAAGAAGUCCUGCUCGCAGGCAUGGGUAGGAAGCAACAAAUCGAACGUGUUAUUGAGUACGGUCCCUUGGCAGACCCGGCGGAUGAAAUGACCAUGACCACUCUUUCUCUAUCCUUAUCAACACUUUGCAGGUAUCAGUCAAAUUUCCAAAUCCACUUGGAGGCUGCUAGAUAUACUGCUUCCACCAUCGGACCUUGGGGUGCAGAUCAAUACUGGAGGCAACUUUUCAAGAGCCCUGACCAGUAUCUAACAAUAACCGAGCUGACCGCCAAUACGGCUGAUGAGCUUAUUUCUCAUGUAUCGGGGACAUAUUUUCAAGCUCAAGAGCAGAUUGAUGAUGAUUUGAUAAAAGCAAGAGCUAGAAAGCUCGUAACAGAUCACGUUUACAAUGAGUCGACCCAAGACUUCUCGCUUAAAGUUCAGGCGCUUCACGAAAUACUUCACGACGCAUUUGAGUCUCAACAAAGCACAACAUGCAUAGUUUUUGUUCAGAAAAGAUAUAUCGCCUUUCUACUAUCAGAAGUGUUCAAUCGAUCUGCGUUGAGGAUACAGGAUAUGGCUGCAGGCUUUGUGGUAGGAUCGCAGCCAGCAUCUUCGAGUAUCGUCAACAUGUCUAUUAAAGACCAGAUCGAGUCGUUAAACCGCUUUAGGUAUGGCGAAAUAAACUGCAUUUUUGCAACUCAAGUUGCAGAAGAAGGUAUUGAUAUACCCGAGUGCGACCUGAUUAUCAGAUUCGAUCUCUACAAUUCUGCAAUCCAGUACAUUCAAUCUAAAGGAAGGGCGCGCCAGACAAAUUCUGUAUACGUCAACAUGGUUGAACGGGAUAAUAUACAACAUCGCCGUAAAUUAAUACAGGCUACGAGAGAUGUCCAUGCCUUGCGACGCUUCUGUUCUUCUCUUCCCUCUGACAGGAAAAUCAACGAGGUAGAGAUAAACGACGGCCUGCUUGGGUUACAAGCCAAGUCACAAAUCUCGUUCGAGGUCCCGCAAACGGGCGCCAGACUGACAUUUGAUUCUAGCCGAGGCGUGUUGGCAAAGUUUGUAUCCUCGGUUUGCGGCGGCGCCGAUGCUCAUCCCGAAUAUAUUGUCACAUCUACUGAAACGGGCAAGUUUACUGCAAUGGUACUGUUGCCUGAUUCAUGUCCAGUGAAAUCAUUCUCGGGUACUCCUCAACGCAGUAAGCUACUGGCACGAGGCUCGGCAGCAUUCAAGGCAUGUAUCGAGCUGCUCAAUCAUAAGUAUAUUGAUGGGAACUUUCGUUCAACCCUAACAAGGCUCUUGCCAAAAAUGCGCAAUGCUCGGCUUGCCCUCAGCGAAAAAAAGCAAUCAGAAUAUGGUAUAAAAUCUAAACCAGAGCUAUGGGCCCAGCGUGCAACGUCACAAUUAUUCGUCACUACACUAUCAAUCAAGGGUCCAGGCCCUACUGGAAGACCUGGCCGUCCGCUUUGCAUCUUGACACAUGCCGCAUUGCCUACAAUCGAGCCGAUAAGACUCUGGAUAGACAACGAUGUCCAGUCAACUCUGGCACUACAUCAAUUCGCCGUGCCUCUCACAUUAACUGGAGAGGAAGUAGCUAGUUUGGCCAAGUUCACCCUCAUAUUAUUCAACGAUAUAUUCAGCAAGGACUUUGAUUGCGAUUCGGGUAGCAUGCCCUAUUUUCUGGCCCCUUGUGUGCUCUCAACAGCAGCGACCAAUCUAAAGGAGACUGGUUGCCCAUGCGAUGGGCGGACCGUUAUCGACUGGGAUAUUGUUAAAAGAUCGCAAGUGGCUUGCGCUCCCACUUUUCCCACUCUUUUAACAAGUCCAGUAGACUUUAUGGAUCGAUUUGUUACUGAUCCGUACGAUGGAUCUCGGAAAUUCUUCACUAGCAGGGUGAACAAAGACUAUCAAGCAUUUGACCCGGUUCCAGACGAUGUGCCGCUUCCAAGGUCUCGCAGUUAUUUUCGGGUGCAGAAGAACAUUGCCCAGUAUAGCAAUAGCCUAACAUACAAAUUCAGGCAAAGCAUAAUCUGGAACUCAGAGCAACCAGUAUUCGACGCAGAACUGCUCCCACUGAGAAGAAAUUUGCUCUGUGAGCCCGAUCAAGGGGAUAUGCAUUUACCUAGGGGUUGUUUCCUUAUCUUAGAGCCGUUGGCUAUAUCUACCCUUCCUGUUGAUGUUGUCGUCACAGCUUUAGCCCUCCCUGUUGCGAUAUAUUCCAUUGAAUCAGCAGCCAUCGCGAUGGAUGCUUGUGGGUUUAUUGACUUGGCCAUUUACCCCCCAUUAGCCUUGGAGGCGCUCACAAAAGGUGAGGAGGAUGUUGACGUUCAAACUAGCAAGAAUUACGAGCGACUUGAGUUCCUAGGUGACGCGUUCCUGAAAAUGGCCACAACAAUAUCGCUGUUCACAUUAAUCCCGAACAGGAAUGAAUUCGAAUAUCAUGUGGAGCGUAUGAUUCUAAUAUGCAACAAGAAUCUUUUCAAUCACGCCGUGGAUAGAGGUUUACAGGAAUACGUGAGGUCCAGAGGCUUUGAUCGACGCUCGUGGUACCCAGAUCUCGUACUGCGGAAAGGAAAGAAACACAAGCCAGUAGGACUUACUCAGAGACUAGCGGAUAAAUCUAUUGCGGACGUGUGCGAGGCUCUUAUCGGCGCUGCCUACAUGACAGAACCAGAAGGCAUGGAUUUAGCUGUGAAGGCGGUCACCAUAAUGGUGCAAAGCAAGAAUCACAGGAUGAAAAAGUAUAGCGACUACUACGAGAAAUACGUUCAACCGGCUUGGCAAACUACCCCAUCGCGUCCCAUUGAACUUCUUGCGGCGGACAAGGUUAAGGCAUCCAUUGGGUACAAAUUUAGGUCACCAAAACUUCUACGAAGCGCAUUCAAGCAUCCGUCUUACCCAUAUGAACCGGAACUUCCAAACUAUCAAAGGCUGGAAUUUCUAGGCGAUGCACUUCUUGACGUGGCUAUCGUUGACUUCCUGUUUCAACGAUACCCGUUAGCCGACCCGCAGUGGCUCACAGAGCACAAAAUGGCAAUGGCCUCGAAUCACUUUUUCUCUUUUCUCUGUGUAGAGCUUGGACUACAUAGGCACAUCUUAAGCACAGGUUCAUCUAUGAUGGGUCAUAUUGCCGGCUUUGUCGAACAAAUCGAGAAGGCAAAAUCGCAGACUGAGGACGGCGUUCUGCAGCUGGAUUUCUGGCUAGACACGGAACAUCCUCCCAAAGCACUUUCGGACAUUUUGGAAGCGGUUGUGGGGGCAAUGUACGAAGACUCCAAGUACGAUUACAAUUUAGUUCGCAAUUUCUUCGCCAAGUUCAUCGCACCAUAUUUUCAAGACAUGACGUUAUACGAUACCUAUGCUGGAGGGCACCCAGUCACACAGUUGACCAAGCUCAUGCAAGACACCUUUUGUUGCCGAUCAUGGCGACUUUGCAUUUCGCCAGUGCCUUGUGGUUCAGACACAGGGGCGUCAGCAAUAACGGACAGCAAUGUGGUUUGCGCACUGAUGAUACACAAGAAGAAAGCUUUUCACGGUAUACGAGGGAGUGGAAAGGAUGCAAAAAUUGCCGUGGCAGCAGCGGCUUUGAAGCAGAUGAGAGAUUUAGACGGGGAUGCGUUUCGGAGAAUGACGGGCUGCGAUUGCGGAGUGGUAGAUUGA